CCGUUCUCUAAAACAGAAUUGGAAGAGAAGGACGACAUGACAGGGGCUUUUCGGCUUCUUCUUUUCUUCUCUUCCCCGACGAAUCAAAGGCCUAAUGAAGGUUAACAAGAGCGGUUAUGAUCUUCUUCUCCGAUGAAGGAGUUGUCGUUGCGGUUCAGUUUCAGUCUGGUGAUGACCAUGUUCGCCUUGGAGUAGAUCUUGUACCAUUUUCCAGACUUAAGUUGCCCUCGGGUCAUCGACAAAGAUUCCAC